AUGCCUCACAGCACGGAGAGCCUCAAGCUCACCAGCAACAACCUGUCCUCAAUCUCCUCUCAGGAAGGCAAGCAGACCGUAAAGGUCCCCACGUACGACCGCACCGUCGUCAAGGAGGGCAUCGUCCACGUCGGAGUCGGCGGCUUCCACAGAGCUCACUUGGCUGUCUACAUCGACCGCCUCCUCCAGAAGCACGAUGAGCGCGACUGGGCCAUUUGCGGCGUCGGCCUCCGGCCCAACGACGCCGCCAUGCGCGACGUCCUGAGCGCCCAGGACCACCUCUACACACUCAUCGAGCGCUCCGCAAAGGGCAGCAACGCCAGCGUCAUUGGCAGCAUCAACUCGUUCCUCUUCGCGCCCGACGACCGCGAGGCCGUUAUCGCCAAGAUGGCCCACCCAGACACCAAGAUUGUGUCCCUGACCAUCACUGAGAGCGGCUACUACUACAACGAGAACACGCACCAGCUGCAAUCGGAGCACCCCGACAUCCAGCACGACCUGGCCAACGAGGACCAGCCCAUCAGCAUCUUUGGCUUCCUCUACGCCGCGCUGGCUAGGCGUCACGCCAACGGCCAGAAGCCCUUCACCGUCCUCUCCUGCGACAACAUGCAGAAGAACGGCUCUAUCACCCGCUCCAUGCUCGAGUCCUUCGCCCGCCUCAAGAACCCAGAGAUCGCCGCGUGGAUCGCCGAGAAGGGCGGCUUCCCUAACGCCAUGGUCGACCGCAUCACCCCCAGUACCUCCCAGAACGACAUCAAGUCGCUCGCAGAGGUCUUUGGCAUCGAGGACGGCUGGCCCGUCGUCACCGAGCCCUUUAUGCAGUGGGUCGUCGAGGACAAGUUCUGCGACGGCCGCCCGCCCUUUGAGAAGGUCGGCGUCCAGAUCGUCGAGGGCGUCCACGAGGUCGAGCAGUUCGAGAAGCACAAGCUCCGCCUCCUCAACGCCUCGCACUCCGCCAUGGCCUACCCCGGCCAGCUCGCCGGCUUCAAGUACGUCCACGAGGUCAUGGAGCACCCCAUCUACCGCAAGUUCGUCUGGCAGAUGAUGCAGGAGGAAGUCAAGCCCCUGCUUCCCGAGAUCCCCGGCGUCGACAUUGACGAGUACUGCAACACCCUCAUGGAGCGCUUCUCCAACCCCACCAUCAUGGAUCAGAUCCCCCGCGUCGCCCUCGGCGCCUCGGGCAAGAUCCCACAGUUCAUCAUGCCCUCCAUUGCCGAGCAGAUCUGGACCACGGGCCCCUUCCGCCGCCUGUGCUUCGUCGCCGGCGCCUGGUUCCGCUACAUCAACGGUGUCGACGACGAGGGCAAGACCUUCACUGUCGACGACCCGAUGCGCGAGGAGCUCCAGGCCUUGGCAAAGGCCGGCGGCAACGACCCGCGCCAGCUGCUCAGCGUCAAGAUUCUCUUCGGUGACGACUUGCGCGGCGACCAGCGCUUCAUUGAUGAGGUCACCAAGGCCAUGGAGCUCAUCGCCAAGGAUGGCGUGAUGGCCACCAUUCCCAAGUAUGUUGAUUAA